GUUUUUUAUUUUUAUACCUCACAUCUCUAAGAGAACAACGCGUUCGUCGAAAUUGCAAUAAACAAUAACAAUGCUCUUUUACUCCUUCUUCAAGUCGCUGGUGGGCAAGGAAGUCGUCGUGGAGUUGAAAAACGACCUUAGCAUAUGUGGCACCCUGCAUUCUGUGGAUCAAUACCUGAACAUUAAGCUGACGGAUAUCAGUGUCACGGAUCCGGACAAGUACCCCCACAUGCUGAGCGUCAAGAACUGCUUCAUCCGUGGCUCCGUGGUGCGCUACGUGCAGCUGCCGGGCGACGAGGUGGACACCCAGCUACUCCAGGAUGCGGCGCGAAAGGAGGCUGUUGUGAGCACUAGAUAAGGAUACCAGUACUAGCAGUCCCAUUGGAUCUACUCAUUGCUUAUUAAUCUGUCCUAAAAACCUAAGUGAAAUUCUGUUAAAGCAAAACCAAUAAGAGGAAUCCCCGUAAGAAGUCG